UAAUAGAAAGCAAGGAAAUCAUAUGCAUCAUGUUCUGAAAUUAUUUUCGAAAUUCUCAUAGUUUUUUAGUGCUGAAUAUGUUGAAGGGCAUGCGAAUCCGGGCAAGAGCAAAGUGAAUUUUCGGUGUUCGGAAUGGAAAGGCAGCAAACCUUUUUGACAAGACAAUCAUUCUCCCUUUAUUUUUUUAAUUAUUUUUCGUCUUAGUCCUUAAUGAAAAUUGCUCUGUAUCUUCUCGGUUCUUCUCUGAUCUCACUCUUUAGUCAAAAGGAUUUUCUUUCCUGAGCUGAGGAUCGAAGAGUAAAUGUUAUAGCCCAUCCAAACAGCUUGUUGGCUCAGUUGAAAACCGAUUUUUGUCAAGUACUUCCAAUUCUCCAUUCCAGGCCAAAAACCAUGCCUGAUUCAGCAGAACCAGCUUUGCUUGAAAUACUUCUACAAUUUCAAUGUUCUUCCUAGUCAAAAGUUUCAUGCUGAAACUGAUCAUUGGUUAAUCAAUUCUGAAACUUCUUUCGGAAGAGGGUUAUUUUCACCAUGUAUCUGCCUCUCUUUUACAGGCCGGGGAGAAUCAGGAGAUACCAUCUGGUCUAAACACCACAAGCCGUGGUUUUACAUUUUUUUUUUUCUUCUUUUUCUCCCCAUAUGAUAGCCUUACAAAUUUUCAAAGUGCUUUUGCAUUCUGAUUUUGUUUUAUCCACUCAGUGUUUCAUCUUUCCUAGCUUUGAUGAGUUGCAGAGUCGGUGUUUCUUUUUCCUUUUGUAAUGUUUAGUUCUGUUCUCUCCGACUCUCACCUGCAGCAAACUACUGAGUUGCACGACUUCAAUUCAUUAUCAAACUAACUAGAAAUCUGUCUUUGCUUGGAUACAACUUCAGAUCUUUGCUCUUUCUAAUGUCUAUCCCUUUAUUGGGUUCCUUAACCUGAUGAUCAUAGGGAUACAACUACCCUAAAAAAGUAUGAGACGCGUAGAGUUUCUUUCGCUGAUGAAAAAACAACAUUCACCAUAAUUUCUUUGUAGGAGAGAUGGGUAAAAGAUAUGGAGAAAACUGCAAAAUCGGAGUUCACAGCACCGUUCUGCAACUUGCAUCCGCAUUCUCAGAUGACAGCAAAAUUCCUGAGAUGGACCAAUCAAACCAGCAAUCUUCUCUCAGUACACCAUCACCACCCAGACGCUCGCUUGAAGUAUUCAAUCCCACCACCUACUCUAUUAGGCCAACCAACCAGGCCAUCCUUUCACAACCCAAAUGGCAGAAAUGGCUACAUACACGCUUAAGCAAUCGUCGGGACCAGUCUCCCAAGCUCUCUUCCAAGUCUGGUCGGAAUGUGGACAUCGCCACCUCAUGGAUGGCCCUCAAGGACUCCACCCCACCACCGAUGCCAUCACCAGCAGCAAUCCCCCAGAAGAGGCAAUCAAGGUCGGGAGAAAUCGGUGCUGCGGCACAACGAGCGGCCGGGUGGGGUUUGGUGCUGAAAACCGACACAGAGACGGGCAAGCUGCAAGGGGUUUCCGUCAGGACUUCGGGUGGCAGCGGUCCCCACAGAAGAGACUCGAACAACUCUGCGCGAAGCUCGUGCGGAAGCGGAGUCAAUGACUCGAACAACCGGCCUGGAAACCCAAAAAGAGACUCAAACAACUCUAUGAGAAGCUCCGGCGAUUUAUCGGAAGACGGAGGAGAGAAAGAGAGUGGGAUUCCGAGAAUAUCAGAGGACCUAAGGGAGGCCUUAUCAACGUUCCAACAAACGUUUGUGGUCUCCGACGCGACCAAACCGGAUUAUCCAAUAAUGUACGCCAGUGCCGGAUUCUUCAGGAUGACAGGGUACACAUCCAAAGAGGUGGUUGGUCGAAACUGUCGGUUUUUACAGGGUAAGGAUACAAACCCAGAAGACGUAGCGAAGAUAAGAGAGACAUUGCAGGCAGGGUCGAGCUUCUGUGGGAGGCUGCUCAAUUACAAGAAAGAUGGCACGCCUUUUUGGAAUUUACUCACCGUUACACCCAUUAAGGACGACGCUGGAAAAAUCAUUAAAUUUAUUGGGAUGCAAGUGGAGGUUAGCAAGCAUACAGAGGGGUCCAGGGAUAAAAUGGUGCGUCCCAAUGGAUUGCCAGAGUCCUUGAUUCAAUAUGAUGCUCGCCAGAAAGAGAUGGCUACCAGUUCAGUUUCUGAGGUUGUGCAGGCAGUGAAGAGACCUCGUGCACUCAGCGAAUCAAUAAAUCCUCCCUUUAGAAAAUCAGGAGGUGGCAAGGAAGAGGAGAGGAUUGAAUCACUAGCAAGGAGAAACUCAUGGAGUUUUGUUCCACCUAGGAGGAACUCACUUGCAAGUAGAAGAAGCUCAAUGCAGGGCUUCAGUGACGUACCUGAAAAGAAACAGAGAAAAUCUAGUCGGCGUUCUUUUAUGGGGAUUAUUAGGAAGAGUCAAUCCAACGUUACGGAAAGUCUUGACUUUGAAACUGCUAUGGAUGAUGAUGGGAGUAAUGAUGAUGAGUGGCUUGACCAUGUUGAUGACAGAGUAAGGAAGAAGGAAAUGAGGAAGGGUAUUGAUCUUGCUACUACACUUGAGCGCAUCGAGAAAAAUUUUGUCAUUACAGAUCCAAGGCUCCCUGAUAAUCCUAUCAUUUUUGCCUCCGAUAGCUUCUUAGAACUUACGGAGUAUAGUCGUGAAGAAAUCCUGGGAAGAAAUUGCAGGUUUCUGCAAGGACCCGAAACUGAUCCGGCAACUGUGCAGAAAAUUAGAGAGGCAGUUGACAACCAGACAGAAGUCACGGUCCAGCUCAUUAACUACACGAAGAGCGGUAAAAAGUUCUGGAACCUGUUUCAUUUGGAACCCAUGCGUGAUCAAAAAGGUGAAGUACAGUAUUUUAUUGGGGUACAAUUAGAUGGUAGUCAACACAUUGAGCCACUUCGCAACUGCAUUCCAGAAGACACUGCAAAAGAGAGUGAAAAACUGGUCAAAGAAACUGCAGAAAAUGUUGAUGAUGCAGUGAGAGGGCUUCCUGAUGCUAAUUUGAAACCAGAAGAUUUAUGGAUUAGCCAUUCCAAGGUAGUUCACCCAAAACCUCACAGGAAAGACAGCCUCUCUUGGAGAGCUAUCCAAAAGAUUCUAGAUAGUGGAGAACAGAUAGGCUUGAAACAUUUCAGGCCAAUAAAACCCUUGGGAUCUGGUGAUACUGGGAGUGUGCAUUUGGUGGAAUUGUGUGGAAGUGGUCUGAAUUUUUCCAUGAAGGCUAUGGAUAAAAGUGUAAUGCUCAACCGUAACAAGGUGCAUAGAGCUUGUGCAGAGAGACAAAUCCUUGACAUGUUAGAUCAUCCUUUUCUUCCCGCACUGUAUGCAUCAUUUCAGACCAAAACACAUGUUUGUCUAAUAACUGAUUACUGCCCUGGUGGAGAACUCUUCCUGCUUUUGGAAAGACAACCUACAAAGGUCCUGAAGGAAGAUGCAGUGAGAUUUUAUGCUGCGGAGCUAAUAAUUGCAUUGGAGUACCUUCACUGUCAGGGGAUAAUUUACAGGGAUUUGAAACCUGAAAAUGUUUUACUCCAAAGCAAUGGGCACGUGUGCUUAACAGAUUUUGAUUUGUCAUGUUUGGCAUCCUGCAAACCUCAGCUUUUGAUUCCAGGUACAAAUGAAAAGAAAAAACAACAUAAGGGUCAUGAGAAUCUUAUCUUCAUGGCUGAACCUGUGCGAGCAUCAAAUUCUUUUGUUGGCACUGAGGAGUACAUAGCUCCGGAAAUCAUAACUGGGGCACGCCAUACUAGUGCGGUGGACUGGUGGGCUCUCGGUAUUCUUAUGUACGAGAUGUUCUAUGGAUAUACACCAUUUAGGGGAAAGACUAGGCAAAAGACAUUUUCCAAUAUUCUUCAAAAGGAUCUUAAGUUUUCAAGAAGAAUACUGGUUAGUCUCCAAGCAAAGCAGUUGAUGUAUCGGCUGUUGCACAGGGAUCCCAAAAACCGAUUGGGUUCUCGGGAAGGGACAAAUGAAAUUAAGAGUCACCCUUUCUUCUGGGGUGUCAAUUGGACACUAAUUCGAAACAUGAAACCUCCUAAGCUUGAUGCUAUUCUCUUUGGGACAACUGAAGCUGAGAAGGAAUCCACAGUUUUGGAUCCUGAAUUGCAGGAUCUCCUGACAAGUGUUUUCUAGUAGCUAUGAUAAAUGUGUCUUCAUUUUCGGUUGGUCCUAUUAAUGAUUUGAGAACUUGAAUCAUAUCUCCUCCAGAAAACAAACACUAUACAGGCUCUGAGAGAUCCUUGAUGUGUCUAGGAAUCAGAUUUUAAUUGGCUUGGGUUGUGUUUCUCCCUCGGCAUUUUCAUCAACAGCUAAAUCUGGUAGCUACCAGUACAAGGAAAUUAAGGCUCUAUUAUGUCCUAUAUAAUGUGUGCAUGGUGUAAUUUUAAUCCCAAUUGGUUUGAACUUUCAACUAAGAUUAUAUAAAUCGACCUAUUCACAGGGUUUUGCUUGUGUUAUAGAUUUUAUUAAAA